AUGAGUGUGCAUGUGUCAAGACAGGGUCUUCCAGCAGGCCCAGAAGCGGCGAGGACUGUCAACGCAUACGUUAAGACCCUCGAGUCGAAACUUGAGGCUUCCAAUGCGGCCAUGCAAUCCCCAGGCGUUUCGUCGCAGCUCCCUCGACGAACCUCGACCCCGGAAUGUGCGCCAUACGAUACUGAAGUAAUGAACGCCAACGCCUCGCCUGCGGCUCUAAAUGAAACUGUUGAUGAAAAUAGCCCAGAUAAUGCGUACGGGCUUCACUUCGAAUCACUACGAUCCAAUGGAGUCGCUGAGAGCAUCGUGUUGCCCAGCGAGAGUGAUGCUGAAGACUUGCUAUCCACUGUCAUGAGUUCCGUCGGAAAACUACAACACCUUUUUGAUCCGCGCGCUUUUGCAGAUCGCUUCUCUCGAGAUUAUGGUCGGAUCGUGGAUGGAACAUACUCUGUAGAUGCUUGGUACGUGGAAUUGCUGCUAGUUCUCGCCGUCGGAGCCCUUCUCAAGGGCCGCAAAUCGGGUACCGACAGUCUUCCAGGUGCGCGGUUUUUCACGGAGGCCACCAUGCGCUGCCCCGGUUUGAUACAACUGCGGGCCGCUGGUACCUUGGGAGUGGAGAUAAGUGGACUAUCCGCAUUCUUCCUACAGUGUGCUGAUCGCAAGGACGAUGCCUAUAUCUAUGUAUGCCAUUCUAAUUGGUCGUUGUUGAAAUUGACCUUCUCUGAUAAUUUCGAUAGGCUGGCACUGCAUUGCGUCUUUCCGUGUCCAUGGGCUUGUUUCGAGAGAGCCGCAGUAGUGGCGAUCUACCCAGGUCUGAGAUUGUCCAUCGCAAUAGGCUUGCGUGGAGUAUUUAUAUGCAAGAAAAGUGCGCCAGAAAUCCUUGUCCCUGGAAACUCACCUGGCUUCUGCUCCGCCGUGAUAUUGAACGCCAACAUUAGCAUUGCGACUAUCACUGGACGCAUAAUCAAAACCGUAUACAGUCACAAGAAGCAGUCAGAAGAGAGGUUUGUGUCCGAAGUUCGCGAAAUUCUUCAAUCUCUGGGGCAUGCUAGACAGGGUAUGCCUUUGGAUUGUGUAAUGAACUUUUCAUCUCCCUUUCCUCUCACCCGAAACUGCGUCACACUGAACCUCAUGCUUUCUCAAGUAAUUUACCCAUUUCACUCCGUCAUACUCAAGUCUAAAACGUCGCAGGCUAUCAUUCUUACCACUCGUCCGGCUCUUUUACACCUCGCCAAAGCAAGAAUCACGAAUCAAGGAAUUUCUACAAGGAAUGACGUGUUCGAGAAAUUUUCUAGGACGUGCAUCGACGCAGCUGAAAGAAGUUUGUUUGUUCUCUGCGCGGCAAAGGAACAGAACCUCAUCGCGCCAUUUGGUUUCUUCGAUCUCGAUGCUCUCUUCUCCGUCGCAUUCGUAUUGAUCCUGGCUGGGAGUGCCUUUUCCGACGCGCAGCAAAUGCGAGUGGUUCACGGCUUAAAACUAGCCAUGAGUUUGUUCGACUAUCUUGCAGAACGCGGGAACAAAGCUUCCUUAUGUCGCAAGACUGAUAUUGAACAGAUAUGCAACCACGUUGGGGUCUCAUUAGACGGAGCUAGCACGGCUUCGGGUGAUUUACAAGACACCCCGAUGCCCACGCAGCACCCUGCAAUUACGCCACGGUACGACCAGGUGGCUGAAAUCAUAUGGUCGCCCACACAGCCGGACCAGUCAGGGAAUCAAUCUGAUUAUCUUCAUCCGCUACAGGACCCGGGUCUACAUCCAUUGUGGCAAACCGAGAAUAGCCUUUAUGAUUCCUUCUCUGGUUCUGUGCCUCGCGACUUGUACACAAUCUAUCAAAACAAUGACCUGGCGCUUUCGGGGUCUGUUGAACUUGACUGGGAGGAGCUUGAGAGACAGCUUUUGCUGCACCAAUGA